GCCGCAGCGGUGCGGGUGGCUCCUGCGGCCUCGACGACGCACACCCCUUCCCCUUCGUCGGCAACGACACCACUCCGCAACCAUGCCGCCGAAGACGCAGCAAAAGUCGAAGGAGCAGAAGAUGGCGGCCGCCAUGGCUGGCGGCAAGGGCCGCAAGAAGAAGUGGUCCAAGGGAAAGGUCAGGGAGAAGGUGGCCAACCAGGUCCUCUUCAACGAGGACACCUACACCCGUUGCCUGGCUGAGGUGCCCAAGAUGAAGCUCAUCACUGCGUCGGGGUUGGUGGAGCGCCUGAAGGUGAACGGGUCGUUGGCACGGGCUGCCAUCCGCGAGCUCGAGGAGAAGGGUCUCAUCAGGAAGGUCGACGCGCACCAUGCGCAGGUCAUCUACACGCGCGCCACUAACGUGGAGGAGUAGAUCAUCUCGGUGUCCUUUCUCUCCUUGUCCCUUUCAUCUCAGAAGGGGCAAAAAUGAGAGAAAUUGAAACCCUCGAAGAAGAGCAAGGAAGGACGUCAACACGUCGUGUGCUUGAUCAGUUUGACGCAUGCAUGUGUUGUCGUCCUUCUUGUUUUCGUUGGGGGUGUCUUGCUUGAGCUUUGUGGGCCUUUCCUUUUUUUUACUCCCACGAUCCUCUUCGGAGGACGGAGCGUGGAAAGGGUGAAAGACCGGCGGUUCAUGUACAAGAUGAAGCGGGUGGGGUGUGACACGGAAAGGGGAGAGAGGGGGGGGGGCUGUUGCUUGGCGAUGACCCUCUUUUUCUCUCUUUGCUCUGUGUUUUGCCCUUUUUGGUGCUGAGGGACGCAAGGGGUCGCAUACACGCACGGGUUUUCGUAGUGCUUCUUUCUGCUCUGCGACUGAGUGUGUAUCAAUUCAACGUUCUCUAGCGUGCGUCGGAGUGUGUACAUGUCACCUGGUUGGGUGCGGCGUUGCCUGGCAGCCUGUGAGAUAUGGCAGGAUCGGUUGUGCUACCGAUGCGCUUGAUUCCCGAUGUUUGUGGUCGAUGACUCACUUGCGAGGAUGUUCAUGUCGUGCAGCGCUGUUCUGUCACGCAUGCGCCCGGUGGCGGGCACCACUUUGGAUUUGUGGGCGUCGUGUCUUUUCCCGCAGUCUGUCGUUUUGCUGCGAUACGCGUUUCCGCCAACAUGGGUUGGAACGCCCAUGUCCUCCCUGUGCCCUGGUGCCAUACAGGAGCGAAAGUGAGGGGCCCACGACGUGUUUCCUCUUUAGAAGCAGUAGACGUGGACAAGUUGACGGCAGCCGUUUCGAUACCUGUUGCACGAGCGCUAAACAGCGGUAGAGAAGCGUCCUGCCUGCCCUUUUGCCCCAAGCAGACAAGGUUGGUCCACACUGGCGCUGUGCAGAGUACCACUUAUGCUCCAUCACGAUAGUCACGAGGCCUCCAUUUUUUUGGUUUCACCCAUGUCCGCAACUUCAAGAUGUGUAUCUG